ACUAAAAGUUUGAGGCGUUUCAAGGCAAAGGUGGGCAAAGUUCGAAGAAAAACACGCCGGCUCCUACCGAUACAAGAUUAUUUUUUGAUACCAAGAUUCCCUGGGUGUGUGUCCUCUUCGGCUUCGGUCAGUUUAGUAUAUGUCAUCUUCCUUUUAGAAUCUUCUUACUGCCGCAAAGUUCGAGGUUGCAGUUCCGCAUCUAAGGCAUGACAGUCAGAUGAAACAAUUGCUAACACUUCUCCCUUUUCUGGACCUCCCAAUCAUACAGAUGGCUUGCUCUGAUAAUAAUAAGGGGGGUUUGGAGGAGGACAGUUAUGAUGGAGGAGCAGGUGGUGAAGAGCAAUCUGGCUGUGCCUUGGCAAUGAUGGAAAAAGAAAGGGAAUCCCUUUUAAGCCCAUUGGAUAGUUCUGGCACCUUAAUGAGCAGUUCAUCUGGUAGUCUCCAGGCUGCUGCCCCCCUUCAGGGCUAUGAUGUGGAAUUUGACCCACCCCUCGAGAGUAAAUAUGAAUGCCCUAUCUGCUUGAUGGCCUUAAGGAAUGCAAUCCAAACACGCUGUGGUCAUCGGUUCUGCAAGAGCUGUAUUGAGAAAUCUAUUCGUGAUACAGGACAGCGGUGCCCUGUGGACAAUGAAAUGCUGUCAGAAGAUCAACUGUUUCCUGAUAAUUUUGCCAAAAGGGAGAUUCUAUCGCUAACUGUUCGUUGUCCAAACUCUGGCUGUGCUGACAAAAUGGAGCUCCGACAUUUAGAGAAUCAUUUGCUCGUGUGUCAGUUUGCCACUGUACCUUGCCCUCAGUGUCAAAAACCUGUAAGAAAGAGCUACAUUGAGGAGCACAAAACUGCUGAGUGUCAAAGAAGACCUAUGACAUGCCCAGACUGUGUGACAUCCUUUGUUUAUGAGGAGAAAGAGCUACAUGAGCAGCAGUGUCCGUUUGCUAGUGUGAUGUGUCAAUACUGUGAGAUGGAUCUAAUCAGAGACCAGAUGGAAUCUCAUUGUGAUACGGAUUGCCCAAAAGCACCCAUUGCCUGUAACUUUAACAUCUUUGGAUGUAAGGAAAGGAUGCAGCGCCAUGACUUGGCUCAGCACAUGCAGGAGUUCACACAGAUGCAUAUGCGCUACAUGGCAGAGUUUUUACGCAGCCUAAGCCUUAACGGCACGUCGCCCAAACCCCUUCGAACGCUAGGGCCUUCUGUUUCCUAUGAGGACAUUGGUGCUGCUGCUUCAGUGUCAGCCUGUGGGGGGCCCAGAGGGGCUGCGAGCUGCAGCAUCAGCUCAGCUUCAUGUCAGCCCAGUCAGGAGAUGCAGAGGCUCCGAGAGAUGGAUGGGCGAUUGGUGAAGCAAGACCACCAGCUGCGGGAGCUCAUCAUAUUAAAAGAGACACAAGCAGGGCAGCUUGCUGAGCUCAGGCGUAGAGUCUCAAUGCUGGAGGAAACUGUGAAAGAGUUGGAGGCCCAGCAGUGCCAUGGGAUCUUUAUCUGGCGCCUCAAAGGUUUCUCUGUCCUCCUGCGGAACCAGGAGGCGAGCAUGCCAGUGGUUGAGCACAGCCCUGGCUUCUACACGGGCCGCCCAGGCUACAAGCUGUGUCUACGUUUACACCUGCAGACACCCAACGCCCCACGCUGCUCCAACUACAUCUCCCUUUUUGUCCACACUAUGCAAGGAGCUUUUGAUGGGCAGCUGACUUGGCCCUUUCAAGGGACGAUCCGGCUGGCCAUUUUAGACCAGGGACCCGAGUGUCAGCAUCACAUGGAGGUCAUGGAGACAAAGCCAGACCUGCAAGCCUUCCAGAAACCCAUAAAUCCACGCAACCCCAAAGGAUUCGGCUACGUCACCUUUAUGCACCUGCAGCAGCUGAGUCAGAGAGCUUAUAUUAAAGAUGAUACUCUGCUGAUCCGCUGUGAGGUUACGCCACGCUUUGAUGGCGCAUUUAAUCGGGAGGGACCAGCCGUACAGCCGAGAGGGCCCGAAGCCUCACUUUCAAGAGAAUAAGGUCAAGCUGCUUUAUAUGGGAUUGUUGUCAUGACAGUUGAAUAGAGCACAACUAACAAAGUUUCAGUAUUGUCUCUUUAUUAUAAUUCAUGCACAUUAGAAUUGGUAAAAUCAAAGCUUCCUUUCAUCAAAGUUCUAGUAUUUAUUGUUUUUUAAUGUUUCAAUCUUCGUUGCAUUCAUGAAUGUGUUUUAGGUUCUUCCCCUUCAUGAUCUGAUUUGAUCUUGGGGUAUUGUUGGAUGCCUUGGAGGAGAUAUGGUACAGAUUAGUAGUGAUCUUUUUCUAAAUAUCAUAGUCAUGCAUAAGUGGAACAGUUUAUAACUUUAUGGACCUUUGGCAUUCAUCGGUUUCUGAUUCACCUAGUUUAACUGGGAUCAAGGUCAAUACAGAUUUAACAAGUGAAAAAAAUGAUUGAAAACAACUCAGCCAGUCUUUGGAAAAUGAUUUUAUUGAAUCCACAGUUUGCAUUCUAACAGUUCAGAGAAAAUGAUUGAAGAUUAGUGUCGCAUCAUCAGGACAAACCCUUAUCUAACAUAAUCACUAUGGACAUGGAAAAAAA